UAUUCUAACGAAGGCGGUGUUUUGUCCGUAAGGUGGCGUUUUAAUGCAGGUCCUGGUCAAACCUACCAAUGAGACGAGUCGGCUCUAUUCUGCUGGGACUGAUCGCAAUGAACGGGUGUUGGAGCUAUACAAGGCAAACGAGCAACCACAGCAAGACUCGGAUUUUAAGGGGAUGCGGCAUCGAUACGCGGGAGCUGUCUAUCAGCACCAAAUCCCCGACGAAGAGCAAGGCAGCGCGCAGAGCCGAGACCCAAAUCCAGUCUCUCCAGUUUUCAGUCUGCCGCCCCCUCCUCCGUCUUUCAGAGAGCGUUCAACUACCACCUCACACUACCAGAACCACGAACUGCCUUGUCUGAGUCAACCCUCUCGGAGAGGUAUCCAUGCCAGUCAGCCGCAGCACGGCGAACCCCCACCUCUGACAAACUACGACAUCGCCCAGCGACCGUCACACCGGGUCUGUGAACCCGACGGGCAGCCAGCGCACCUGCAGCAGAACCUUUGGGCCGCAGUCGGCUCGCAGCCGCAGUCGGAACAGCCUGUUAGUCAGAGCUGCCACUGCAGUUUUUCCGAGAAGGCGAACCUUUCUUACCAGCGCCAGCCCCUCACUCACCCGCCGCAGCCCUCCCUAUCUUUGCCGCCGCCGCCAACGUCGUCCUCUUUGCUGUUUUUGCAGGAAUCUAAUCGCGGGGAACAUUUCCAAAGCAGUGCCAAUUACCAACAGGCGAGCAUCGUGGAACACUGCAGGGGAGGAGAAGGAGGAGGAGGGUACCGAGACCAGAAGCAGUUGUUGCAGCAACACUGUCAAAGACUCCGACACAGGGACCCCUCCCCUGAAGCAAUCCGAACAAACUCGCAGAAAGGGCGCACAGUAAAUGUAUGUGAGUCAAUCGAGGCUAAUCGGCGAGAAUUCGAGUCCCAGGCUCAGGACCUGCAGCAGCUACAGCAACAGCCACUAUUGCGAGCUCAACAACAGCUACUGGUGGGGAGCAGCUUGCCUAUCAACUACUGCGCCAACGGCUCAGGAGAGGUAUGUAGGAAUAACCAGGCAUCACUGCUGCAACAGCAUCAGCAGCAGCAAGACGCACUGGGGCUAUGUCCCCAGCGUCCGCAGCACUGUGACCAAGACUGCAAUAAGCCGGGGCGAACGAACCAAGCCAAUCAGUCGCAACAACAUUGCCGCGACUCCCGUGUAAACCCACCAACGCAGCCGUACGGGGGGAACUCGUCUGCGACUGGCAGUAGCAGCAAGAGCAGCCCUAACUACGGCUCCAGCUAUCACCUGUGGCCGGAGAGCCCGCAUAAGGGAGAAGAGCGGAUACUAAUCGAUCAUUAUCAGGCAACCACUGAGCAGAAGAAGCUGAGCCAUGCUGGAUCCAAGCCCUGCCUCUCCGAGAGCAGCGGCCGACUCCCUCAGAUAGCCAUGAACACCUGCAAGUACAAUGGCGGCGUAGUGAGACCACUGGGCAGCCUGGCGUCGUCGCGGCGCAACCUAGCAGAGCUCGACUCAGAGACACAGCCCCUCCAGACGUUGCACAGCUCCGGCCUGGAGGUGGUGGUAUCAAAGGGCAACGGCGAGGACCCCAGCAAGGCGUCCAACGAGAGCCUGGUCAGGGACGGAAACGGUGCUCCUGUGAAGAAGAACAAGGACAUUGGCUAUAGGCUCGGCCACCGGAGGGCGCUCUUUGAGAAACGGAAGAGACUCAGUGACUACGCCCUCAUCUUUGGAAUGUUCGGGAUCGUCGUCAUGGUGACUGAGACUGAACUGUCCUGGGGAGUUUACGGCAAGGAAUCUUCGUACUCAUUUGCACUGAAAUGCCUUAUCAGCCUUUCCACUGUUAUAUUGCUUGGUCUUAUAAUAAUGUACCAUGCCCGGGAAAUCCAGCUGUUUAUGGUGGACAAUGGGGCAGACGACUGGAGGAUAGCCAUGACGUACGAGCGCAUCUUCUUCAUCGUGCUGGAGCUGCUGGUGUGCGCCAUCCACCCCAUCCCGGGCCAUUACCGCUUCACGUGGACGGCACGGAUCGCCUUCACCUACACGCCGUCGACGGCCAACGCCGACGUGGACAUCAUCCUCUCCAUCCCCAUGUUCCUCAGGCUCUACCUGAUCGGCCGCGUCAUGCUGCUGCACAGCAAGCUCUUCACAGACGCCUCGUCGCGCAGCAUCGGCGCCCUCAACAAGAUCAACUUCAACACGCGCUUCGUCAUGAAGACGCUCAUGACCAUCUGCCCCGGCACCGUGCUGCUGGUCUUCAGCAUCUCCUCCUGGAUCAUCGCCGCCUGGACGGUGCGAGUCUGCGAGAGGUAUCAUGACACACAGGAAGUGACCAGUAACUUCCUGGGAGCCAUGUGGCUCAUCUCUAUUACCUUCCUCUCCAUUGGCUACGGAGACAUGGUACCUAACACGUACUGUGGGAAAGGCGUAUGUCUGCUUACAGGGAUCAUGGGAGCUGGCUGCACUGCACUGGUGGUCGCCGUGGUAGCCAGGAAGUUGGAGUUGACCAAGGCUGAGAAGCAUGUCCACAACUUCAUGAUGGACACACAACUCUGCAAACGAGUAAAGAACACAGCUGCCAAUGUACUCAGGGAAACAUGGCUCAUCUACAAACACACUAAGUUGGUCAAGAAGAUCGAUCACGCCAAGGUGCGGAAACACCAGCGCAAGUUUCUACAGGCCAUCCAUCAAGCUCAGAAACUGCGCAGUGUGAAGAUGGAGCAGAGGAAACUCAAUGAUCAGGCCAACACGCUAGUAGACCUGGCUAAGACCCAGAACGUGAUGUAUGACCUGGUGUCGGAGCUGCAGGAGCGUAGCGAGGAACUGGACAAGCGGAUCGGCAUGCUAGAGGAAAAGCUGGACUCGGUGACGGGCAGCCUACAGGCUCUGCCCUGUCUCAUCUCCCAAGCCAUAAACCAGCAGCAGCAGGAAUUCCUGGACGGCUUCCUGCACCGCUUCCGGCCCACCUCACUGGGCUCAGAGCGCUCCGAACGUUCCGAGCGUUCCUGGACCUCCACCGCCCGCCGGCGUCGCUCGCCCUCAACGGCGCCGCACACCUCCUCUGACAGUGGCUAGCCCCCCCCUCGGAACCGCCCAAAACGACCCUAAACCGCACUACCCCCUAUGACAACCCAUAACAUUCCCCUAACCCCCAAAAACCCUCUACGUCACAUCCAAAAACCAACACCUCUAUGACUGAACUUCCAGCGUGAACUAGAAACUGCUCCAAUGCAAACCAUUAAAAACUUUGACACAUCCACUAAACAACAACCUAAACGACUUAAACCGAGGCAAGUAGAGAUAUGGUUUAUGUUUUAGCCAUUGUAUGGCUGUUCAAGUUAGCUUUUUUUGUAAAAGCCCUUGUAUAGUUAAACUGACUGAGUUUAGGGUUGCUGGGGUGAGAGCUGGCUAUCACACCGGAGCGUCCUUAACCCAGUGAGGAGUGGGGGUGGGGGGGGAUAGGGGUUGUCCCUCCGUGGAGGGUCUGCCUGGACUUGCCUGGCCUGGUCAGAUCAGUCUACGGGGUCUGAGGAGGAUAGAUGACACCUUUGUCCACACGGAGGGACACAUCAAACUGGUGGACUUCCCUUUUACAAGACAAGAGUCAUGGUUUUUCCCCGUAAGCCACGGUGACUGUUUAAGAGGGCCUCUGAAAGCUCUGACGUCAGUUCAUUGUUGAAUUUCACUUAAGGUGGGGGGGGGCACACAAAAGGAGAGCAAGGGGAAUGCACAUGACAUUACUACUGAGUAGGAAAAUGUACACGAAUGCCAAUUUCAAAGUGUCCGUUUCCUUGUUCUUACCAAGGGAAAGUUGAGAGCGACUAUCUUUUUUAGUUACAUAUUGACAUGUGAUUUUUCAGUGCCUGAAUGUACAAAUAGUAGAGGGUUAUUUAAUUACUAAUUUCAGAGCAAGUUUUUUACGAUGUUAACACUGAAUACAAGCAUUGCAUUCCUUUUUCAGAUACAUUCCUCUUCAAAAACUCAUAGAAAUUGUCUUAAUGUAAUGCAUAACAUUGCCUCCAUUACACAAUAUCUCUUAAUGUUUUGAAAACGUUUUUUUUUUUUUUUUUAACUUAUGCUAACCACUAAAAACAGAAUAGGUCAGAAAGAGAGAGAGUGAGAGAGAGAAAAAACGAGAGAAUGUGUUUGAGGGAGAGAGUUCACUUCCAGCUCGAUGCUGCACACUCAUACUCACACAAAACUAUGAAAUGUAGUCUACCUUUUCCAUAUACUCUUACAAAAAAGGGUUUCAAAAGGGUUCUACAGCUGUCCCCAUUGGAUAACCCUUUUUGCUCCCAGGUAGAACCCUUUCCACAGAGGGUUCUACAUGGAACCCAAAAGGGUUCUACCUGGGAGCAAAAAGGGUUUAUCAAAGGGUUCUUCUAUGGGGACAGCCAAAGAACCCUUUUAGGUUCUAGAUAGCACUUUUUUUUCUAAGAGUGUACAAAUCAGAGCUUCCACAGGUAUUCAGAUAAUGGCAUGGCUUGAAGUCUGCUGUGAAACGGUGACCGGCACACGAUAACGACCGAACUGAGAAACCAACCCUGUCCCUUGCAUGGUUCUGUGCAAAAAUGACGAUGGAGCAAAACCUUUUGGAUGGCUUGACGAUUUGCAUUUAGAUUUAUGUUACUUUUGUUGUUGUUACUUCGAUUUCUUUCUUUGGCGGGGGACCUAGGAUUUCUAGAGUUGAAAAGCUAGAGAGUUGCAGUAAUGUGUUACAGUAUAACAAAUGCAUUCCCUGUCUGAAAUUGGCGUGAAGAAAAAUCUCAAAAAAAAAAAAAAAUCCUCAAAGAAUACAAAUAAAGUACUUAGCUACUUGGCUGGCUAGAGACAGUAAAUUAGUUCACAGUACCACAAGGUGUCCAAAUUACGUAUUACCUUGACCUCCUUCAAAAGGGUAAUGGAUCUCCCAUUUAAGAAAUUAUAAGUGAACGUUAUCAAUCAAGAAAACAGCAUUACGAUAUGACUUACGUAAGGAGAACAAACCUUAUCAGAAAGUCAGUUAGACAUGUUGUAGUCUGUCGUCCACCAAACAGUCGACCAAGUCUGUACCUGUAAGCAUCGACUAGCGGUCAGGCUGCCCAGAGAGAGAGCUCUUGGUUUAAUAACAUGUUCAGCUUGCUGUGAAAGGGACUUAAUCAAGCAUGACUCUUCACUGCCCCUCUACACACUAACCAUCCACUCCAACUGAGGGAUAUCACUCCAUUACGGUAUAGUCAGGGGUGGACUGGGACCAGAAAUCGUCUCUGCUAUUUCUAACACAACGGCCCUUGAGGCCCCCAUUAUAAGCCAGAUAAUUGUCAUUUUGCACAGAAAACGAAGUUGGACAGGCCCACUGUGCUAAAAAUGGACCAGUCCACCUGGCAAGUCCGCCACUGCUUAUAGUCUCUCUUUAAAAUCAGCUUUUACACCUUUGAGUUGAUUGGAGGGUUACUCGAUUGUGCUCUCACCUGUUCCAGGCAUACCAGCGUUAACCUCUUCAUAUGUUUGAGAUUUAACUCCUUCAUCUGUCAUCACCAAAAAAAAGGUCCAUACCUAAUUAUAUGUUUUACUCUAUUUUUGUUCCAACAACCAUUUUGAUGGUAGGAAAAUUUGGUCGAAAAAUGGGGGAACCCCCGUGUCCCUCUUCAGAUUGCAUUUAGUGCAUGAUACUUAGUAUAGCACCUAUAAACAGACAUCACAGGUGCUUGAAUGUCCUCUCCAGAGAGUGGAGGUACUUCAGCUGGCAGAGAGGAAGCAAAGAAAGAGAGAGAGAGAGAGAGAUUAGAGCCAUACCUCAUUUACUGACAGAUGUCCGUUUUGCCCCAUGGGGUUUAGAAGCAGCAAGAGUGGGUGUCCCGCGAAUAUGACCUCAUUGUGGAUGUCACAGAACAAAUGGGACAAAUGUAAUAACGAAGGGGCAGAUGCAGCGGGGCGCAACUUUCAGGACAUUACAGAAAUAUAAAUAGAAAAGUAAUGUAUAGAGAGGGUAUUGCUCUCUGUAUUUCACAUUAUGAUAGAGAAUGUCAGUUCUAGACAUCAUAUUUCUUUAUGACAUGCCCCAGGGUUUUUCUAAACGUUAACUGCCCAAACAUCAUUCCAAUAGCUGUUACAGCAAAAUAGAGUCCUCCUUUUAUGAAAAUAGUCCUUGCCAAAAAUGCCACAAUUUUUCAAAGAGAGAGAGGGAAAUUCAUAUCAAUAUGCUGAUAAUAUCUGGUGAGGAAGAUAAUCUGAAUACAAUCAUUCUUACUUCUAUCUAAAAGAACAGGCAAAGCUGGCAUCUGAUUGUGUUUAGACUAGAUAAAACAGGAUGAAAACUAAGUAAUGUAUACCAUUGUUAUGUGUACACUGCCACAGAAUGCAUUUGUAGUAGCGGAAUAAACCAAUUUUAAUGGCUGGCAUUCGGUGAUGGUAUGUUCUCUGUACGUGUUGUUAUUUCUUUUGCAGGUGACAGUUGUACCAAAAAGAGGAGAACGUCUGGUCAUUAAAUACUAUCUUCAGCUAUGA